AAAUUUGUACAAAACCACCAAAUCUACUGAGGAACAUGUGUGUUAAUAUACUAGCGUGCUCAUGCGGCAGUUUCGUAAUACCACAACGAUACGUGUUAGCCUUCGUACUCACUAUAGGUGUGAUACUAGCGUACAACAUGCGGCUAUGUUUCCAUAUAGCCAUAACGGAGAUUACUGUACUGGAAUCCGGUUCGAAUAACAGAACCCGCUGGACCGAAGGAGGUCAAGGGAUAGUUUUGGCGUCAUUUUCCGCUGGGUAUUUAGUGAGCUAUAUUGGUGCUCUGUUGUUAAUGACGCACACUGAUGGAAAACACAUCCUAGGCACGUCAUUCCUGGCGUCAGCCAUACUGUCUUGCCUUACGCCUGUAACGGUUAAAGGUGCCAGUGUUUGGGGCUCUCUGGCCAUAAGAGUCAUUCUGGGUUGUUCGCAAGGACUGAUGUAUCCUGCUAUUCAGCUAUUGCUAUCAGAGUGGAUACCUAAAGAUUCCCGCUUUAGAGUUACAUCAUUUCUGCACACGUGCCCACUGUUCGCUGCUGCUGUAGGGUACGCUUGUUCAGGAUACGGAAUUUGGUACUUUAAAUAUUGGGAGACAAUUUUUUAUGUAUGGGGAGUUGUGGGAAUUGGUUGGUAUUGCAUCUACUUGGUGACGUGUUACUCAAAACCAUCCAAGCAUCCUUGUAUUACCCCCCAUGAGAAAGAAUUUUUAGAAAACAACACCGGUCCGCCCAGUAUUCCCGUCCCGCUUAAAGUGCUUUUGAAUGACAACUCUGUGGCACCGGUGCUGGUGUUCUUCUUCGGACACGCCCUUCUUAUCUCCACCAUAACGAUCGAAUUGCCAAAGUUCUUUGUCGGUGCCCUGAAAUGCGAUGUCAACGAAAGUGGAAUGUACAGCUCGCUCUGCUUCGCAAUUAUUUGCGUCAGUUGCAUAAUAUCCAAUACAGUGGCGGAUGUGAUUAUUGGCACCAACAUGCUUGGUGUCUUCCAAACGCGGAAAACGCUCGCAUGCAUGAGUACCCUGGGGUCCAUGGCGUUUUUAAUUCUUGGUAGCGCGAUGACGAGCACAACUGACGUUAUUGUCUGCAUAUGCAUUUCAAUGGCGUUCAUCGGCUGCUGGUAUCCGGGGCCUAGAGUAAACAUAAGCGAUAUUACAUUUAAAUUUGGAAGUUUGCUGAUUUGUUUUGGCGAGGGAAUGGCUUCGGUUACGGGAAUAAUCGUACCUUACGUAGUCGCCAUUUUGGCAAAGCAGCAAACCCUCGAAGAAUGGCGUAUCAUAUUUAUAAUACUUGCAGUGAUUUAUGUAGUCACUAUGAUACCUUUUUUACUUUUUGGUACUGGAGAACGAGCAAGGUGGGAUCGUAGUUCUAUUUCAGUUCAGAAUGACCAUUACAAAGGAAAUAUAUGGCAAUUAAGUGUUUAACUAAUUUUGUGUUGUAUCUUCAAACGGUAUUUGUGACAAAGGCGAGACUUGAUGAAAUAAUAAUAUAAUUGUUAGAAAGGAACUCUUAUUGCAUUAUUUGGUCCCGUCCGACAGAGCUGAUGGGCAGUAUUCGAUUUUGUAAAUA